AUGGCAUCGCCAAUUACAUGUCAUGUUCUGAAUACACUCUCUGGCACGCCAGCAGCCAAUCUCAAAGCCACGUUGUCACUUCUGGCACCCACGAAGCCGGCUGAGUCACAGGGUGGCGCUCCUCAGCCUGCUCUCAGCUUCCAUGCCCACACAAAUGAGGACGGUCGUGUGAAAGAAUGGCAGGCUUCGGCAGGUCACACCGUCCAAUCGGUGCUCGAGCCUUUCUCGCCCGGCGAUAGGGUCCCUUUCAGCAUCAAGUUCGACAUCGGGCCCUGGUACGAAGAGCAAGGCAUUGAGAGCUUCUGGCCCGAAAUCGAGGUCAAAUUCUACAUUAAGAAAGGCGAGCGCCACUACCACGUACCCGUACUGGUCGGUCCCUGGACCUACACAACAUAUCGCGGUUCAUAA